CUAUAACUAUAAUCAAUAUCAAUCACGUACAAAAUGAGCUACUUAAAUCAAAUCCGACCAGUUCUGUUCCUAUUUUACACGGUGGAGACGUUAGUUAACAUUAUCCUGAUCCACUAUUACCUAUCCCUAUUGAAUUUUAUUCAUGAAACUCAAGAGUUGGUGAAUAAAAGUACAUGGUACUACAGCUACUUGGUGUGCUACUACUUCUUCACUGUGAUGACACUGUUCGCCUGCGUGAACGUUUGUACUAAGAACCAACCCUCGAUCCUUGAGGAAGUUUUGCGCCCGUUGGUGGCAUUUAUUUCGUAUACGCUAUUAACAAUGUUAGCUUUGUAUCAUGCUGAGAAUGACUUUACGUUGAUGUUCCCCAAAACGACGAAUAAGGAUUUGUUCAAACCGGAGGAGAAACUGCAAUCAUACUUUAAAUUAAUACGUUCCCAGGCGACAGCCUCACUGGCAUGCAGUGUGGUCUAUUUGCUGCACUUCCUUAUCGCCCUGGAUGUCCUGUUGUCCAAUGACGAUACGGACAGCGAAAUUGAGAGCUCCAGCGAUUCCACGGGUAUGGACCAGAUCGAGGAGGACUAUCAACCGGUUCGGCUAUAUGUCCUGGGAAGUUACUUGCAACGCUGGCUGGAGACGUUCCAGUGGUUUCGUGACUACGUCAGCGAUGGUCUUCAGGAUAUCUGAGUGCCAGCAAUUCAAGCCUGAAUGAUUUAAUAAAGGACUUAUUUUGCAUACGUAA